CAGGAUGUUGUAUUAACAUUUUGGCGCGGAAAUUCCUUGAUAAGAUUCAAUGCGAGUGUAGCUGUGAGGUUUUGUAGUGUGUCGCAAUUCGUUUUUUCUGACUUGAAAUAUUAAUUUGAUAGAAAUUAUUACACUUUUUAUCUCUUCAGCAUUAUGUCGUUGAAAACUCAGUACAAUUUUCCCAUUCGGAAAAGAAAUUCUCUCAACAAUAAUUCAGAAAAUUCUGGACCAUCUCCUAAAUCGACUGGAGUCAAAAGAGCUCUUUUUGGAAAAGCUAAUCCUGACGCUUCCCCAAAGAAAGCUCGAAUUAGUGAUGAAAAUACGAUUAUUGAUAGACUUAAAAGUGAGAAAUUUCCGACGAAAACUGAUUCAACUUUGUCUAAAGUGAAGCAAGUAUUUCACACUCGCCUCCCUACUAGACUUGUGGGCCGAUCUAAAGAAAUGUCUGAAAUUCAUUGUUUUCUUUCUGAUCACAUUUCUAACAAAAAACCUGGCAGUUUGUACUUAUCCGGAGCGCCUGGAACUGGAAAAACGAGCUGCUUGAUGUUUGUAAAAAAAGGAAUUGAAGCAGCAUUUUCAUUUGCCUUCAUCAAUUGUAUGACUGUGAACACGCCAACAGCCAUUUACAGGGCGAUUUCUAAGGAACUUGGACUAUCAGCAAAGGCUAUUAACUCCAAAAAUAUCGCUCAGGUUCUAAAAAAUCACAUUUUAAAUUCUAAAACUAUGAACGUGCUUGUGCUUGAUGAAAUUGACCAUUUGGACACUAAAGGACAGCAAGUGCUCUAUUCCUUGUUUGAGUGGCCACACAUGCCAAAUUCUUCGCUCGUUCUUAUUGGCAUUGCUAAUUCUCUCGAUCUGACGGACAGAAUGCUACCACUAUUGAACACUUUCAAAUUCCAGCCAAAACUCAUGCAUUUCCUUCCUUACACCAAAGAUCAAAUAGUGACUAUACUUGAAGAUCGACUCUCGGAGGCUCAAACUGAUGGAACUCUUGUAAUUUCACCAAUGGCUGUUCAGCUCUGUGCUAGAAAAAUCGCUGCUAACACUGGAGAUAUUCGAAAAGCUUUAGAUGUAUGCAGGCGAGCAAUUGAAAUCGUAGAAAAUAGGCUAACCAGACAACCGACACUCCAAGCAACUUCUGAUGACCGAUGCAAUCCUGGCAGUCCCAUGAAGAGAUCAUCCAUAAUCCAGAAAGUUGAUGUCCAAGAGAUCAGUUCCGUCCUCAGCGAGGUAUACGGCUCUCGUUUACAAGUUACAAAUUCUUCUGCUGGUUCUACUACUGUUACGUUGCCGCUUAAUCAGAUGCUUUUACUCUGUACUGUUGUUUUGAUGAAGAAGCACUGUAAAACACAGGACAUGACUCUUGGCAAGGCAUAUGAUGUCUGUAAACGCAUAUGCAAGAAACGAGACAUUACUUUUGUGGAUGAAUGUUCUUUUCAAUCACUUUGUAAACUUGUAGAAUCCAGGGGGUUUGUUCAACUUAAAAUGUCCCAAGUACCUAGAUUGACAAAAAUCAGUUUAAAAAUGGAUGAUGGAGAAGUUGAGCUUGUAUUGCAAGACAAAGCUAUGUUGCCUUCAAUAUUAGCCGAUACUACUGUUUUAUAUAAGUAAUUGUUUUUGUUUAAAUGUUUAGACGUAUCUGCAUGUGUAGAUUUUAUAUGUUGCGUUGUUUCAAAAUAUCAUUCCUUACUUUUUUUUUUACUAUUUUAACCAUCAAUUUUGAUUGAAAAGCAAAUAUUUUUAAUAUCUUAUCUACUAGAUUGUUUCACAUUGUAUUGUUUAUAAGUAUUCAUGAGCCUUGAUAGGAAACAUUAGAUUUUAUUCAUAUAUAUUUGAUCAUCACUAUUAAUUUUUUGAGGAAAAGUUGUCAACAAGUAGCCAAUUUAUUAUUCUGUUUAUUUUUACCAUAAUUUAUGAUUUUGAAUGCUUAAUGUUUGUAAUUUUAACAGCCAUAUUAUUCAGGGCUAAAUACUACUAUCUUUUUGGUGUAUGAGAGGAGAGGUUAAAAAAAAAAAAAAAGUAAUGUAAGAAAUUUUUAUUCAGUAAUUAGUGCUUUACAAUAUUUGUGUACACAUAGAUUAAUUAUGUUUAGUGUCAUGGUUGAUUUGUACUCAUGUUUUAUAAAAGUUUUUUGCAAUAAUGCACUAACAGCCCCUCACAAAUACACAACACAAAGUUUAAAACAGGUUUUUCAGGACACUUUGAGAGUAUAAUUCAUAAAUUGAGAUAAAUAAAAUUAAAUUUAUUGUUAAUUUUAUUUUAUUAAUGUUAUAGCUUGAUAUCUUGUUUCAGUGUUUGUUAUAAAUUUCUGUGUUUUUAAUGUGUGUAAAAUGACAAAAGUUGUGCUACUGUUUAGAUGUAAUUAUUUAUAGUUUAAUUUAUUUAAUUGAGUGAGACAAUUUAUUGAUCUGUGAUUGCUUAUAUUUUUUAAUAAAUUAAAUUAGUUUAUCUUA